AUGACUUCCCUACUACCACCACAACCCCCAUCUACCACCUCCCCAGCAUCCUCCCUCUCCCCGCUCCUCCCCAUCCUCCACGCCUUCAACCACCGCCACCACAACCAGCACCGUCUCGCCCACUGGUGGCCCGUCUUCCGCAUCCUGCGCCGCACCCUCCGCGCCCUCGUCGACGACCUCACCUCAUCCUCUACUUCUACCUCUUCUUCUUCAACAUCGUCCUCCUCUAAAUUAUCAUCACGCCCUCGCCGCGACGCUGCAGCAUUGUCUUCACAACCUCCUCCUCCUCCUCCCCGCGCAAUCUGGCUCAGCAAGCACUUUAUCCCCAGAGCAUACAUUGCAUUCUCCCAACUCGCAGCCGACAACCAACACGCCCCCCUAGGCCUCCUCCUCCUGGCCGUCCUCUCCCGCGUCCACGCCGUCGUCACUCAGCUCCUCCUCGACCACACAGCCACCUCCUCCUCCACAUCCACCACUCCCUUAACAUCAAAGCUACCACCUUCCAUUCAAGACAAGCGCUCAAUCGACGUUUCGAGCCAAGACAAAGGCAUUACCAUAUCCCGCGACACACACACACCACCGACACACAACACAGAGCGUCUACGAACCCUACAAACAACCAAAACAACACCAACACCAACAAGCAGCGCACGGCAUUCCUCAGAUGACCCGCGCAGCGGCAACGUCGCCAACUCAGAGGCAGUAACAGCUACAAAGCCUUCCAGGCCCAAAUCAAUGGAAGCGUCAUCGAAAGACGACAAGAAAAAGAAGAAGAAGAAAAAGGGAAAAGGAGACGAACUGUCGAGUCUCUUUGGGUCGUUGGCAUAA